CACAGCCCUACCAGAGGGCCGAUGGCAGCGCGUUGCAGCAGACCUCUGAAAAGCAGAAUUACCUUGUGGUGACGGACUAUUACCCAAGGGACCUCGAUAUAGCUCACCUCUCUCCAACGUCCAGCAUACCAAUCAUCAACAGGCUCAAAGCAGGGUCGAUCUACCUGAGAUGGGGGAUACCACUCCAACUGGUCUCCAGUCUACUAUGGAUGAGAAGAUAGAGGAGGGGGGUCCUACCUCUAAGACCGCUCUGUCUGGGGAACAUGGCCGCCGGAGCAAAGCUAAGAGCCCAGAGAAACAGGAGAGAGCAGACUCCCCUGGACCCAGCUGUGUCUCCAUGAAGAGUGACCACUCUAUGAGACAGCCUGUUACCUUUAAAGAUGGAAAUCAGUCUAUUGAGAAGAGAAGAGUCCAGCAGCAAAGAGCAGACUCCCCUGGACCCAGCUGUGUCUCCAUGAAGAGUGACUGGUCUAUGAGACAUCCUGUUACCUUUAAAGAUGGAAAUCAGUCUAUUGAGAAGAGACACCAGGAGAGGUCAAAGGUCACCAGUGCUCAGUCUGUACAGCAGCAUCAAACAGAGCUGGAGAUGAAACAGGAGGAACUGGCUGACACACUGGGGGGCGGAUCUGCUGCUGUUGAAUGUCAACACAAAAUGAAGUCUCAUUUGAAGAAGAAGUUCAGGUGUGUGUUUGAGGGAAUCGCUAAAGCAGGACAGCAAACAGAUCUGAACGACUUCUACACAGAGAUCUUCAUCACAGAGAGAGGCAGUGGAGAGGUCAACAAGGAACAUGAGGUCAGACUGAUUGAAACAGCUUCCAGGAAACCAGCCAAGGAAGAAACACCAAUCAGAUGUGAGGACAUCUUUAAACCCUUACCUGGACACGAUCAACCAAUAAGAACAAUGAUGACAACUGGAGUGGCCGGCAUUGGUAAAACCGUUUUAACACACAAGUUCACUCUGGACUGGGCUGAAGGCAAAACCAACCGGGACAUACACUUCACAUUUCUCCUCACUUUCAGAGAGCUGAAUUUACUGAAAGGGAAAGAGUUUAGCUUGGUGGAACUUCUUCAUCACCUCUUUAUUGAGACCAAAGAAGCAGGAAUCUGCAGAUACGAAGGGUUCCAAGUUGCCUUCAUCUUGGAUGGACUGGAUGAGUGUCGACUUCCUCUGGACUUCCAGAACAACCCGAUCUGGACUGAUGUCACAAAGUCCACCUCGGUGGACGUGCUGCUGACCAACCUCAUCAGGGGCAACCUGCUUCCCUCCGCUCGCAUCUGGAUAACCACACGCCCUGCGGCAGCCAAUCAGAUCCCUGCUGAGUGUGUUGACAUGGUGACAGAGGUGAGGGGGUUCACCGACCAACAGAAGGAGGACUACUUCAGGAAGAGAUUCAGAGAGGAGAAGCUGGCCAGCACAAUCAUCUCCCACGUCAAGAAAUCACGAAGCCUCCACAUCAUGUGUCACAUCCCAGUAUUCUGUUGGAUCACUGCUACAGUUCUGGAGAACAUCUUCAAAAAAUCCCAGAUCGAAGAGAUGCCCAAGACCGUGACUCAGAUGUACAGCCACUUCCUGAGGGUUCAGUCCAUACAGGGGGACAGGAAGUACCAUGGGAGAUCUGAAACAGAUCCAGAAUGGAGUUCAGAGAGCAGGGAGAUCAUUGUUUCUCUGGGAAAACUUGCUUUUAACCAGCUGGAGAGUGGCAACCUGAUCUUUUACGAGGAAGACCUGGCAGAGUGUGGCAUCGAUAUCAGAGCAGCCUCAGUGUACUCAGGAGUGUUCACCCAGAUCUUUAAAGAGGAGUGUGGGCUGUGCCAGGACAAGGUGUUCUGCUUUGUCCAUCUGAGCCUCCAGGAGUUUCUGGCUGCCCUUUAUGUCUUCAGGUCCUUUAUCAACACUGGGGUCAAUCUGCUCACAGAAGAACAGCCAACCUCCGGUGAAGGUAAAAUCAACCUCUUCUACCAGAGUGCUGUGGACAAGGCCUUACAGAGUGAGAACGGACACCUGGACUUGUUCCUCCGCUUCCUCCUGGGCCUCUCUCUGGAGACCAAUCAGAUUGUCCUACGAGGUCUGCUGGGACAGACAGGGAAUAGAUCACUGAUCACUCAGAUUAAACAAUAUCUGCUGGGACAGACAGGAAGGGGCUCACAAGAAGAAAACAGUGUCACCAAGAAGAAAACAGUGUCUUACAUCAAGAAGAAGAUAGGUGGAGAUCUCUCUCAAGAGAGAACCAUCAACUUGUUCCACUGUCUGAAUGAGCUGAACGACCGUUCUCUAGUGGAGGAGAUCCAACAGUCGCUGACAUCAGGAAGUCUCUCCAGAGAAUCUCUUUCACCUGCUCAGUGGUCAGCUCUGGUCUUCAUCUUACUGACAUCAGAAGAAGAGAUGGAAGUGUUUGACCUGAAGAAAUACUCAGCUUCAGAGGAGGGUCUUCUGAAGCUGCUGCCAGUGAUCAAAGCCUCCAAAAGAUCUCUGCUGAAUGGCUGUCAUCUGUCAGAGACAUGCUGUGAAGCUCUGGCCUCAGUUCUCAGCUCCAACUCCUCUAGUUUGAAAGAGCUGGACCUGAGUACCAAUGAUCUGAAGGAUUCAGGAAUGAAGCUGCUCUCUGCUGGACUGGGGAGUCCACACUGUACACUGGAAACUCUCAGGCUGACUGGCUGUCAUCUGUCAGAGAGAUGCUGUGAAGCUCUGGCCUCAGUUCUCAGCUCCAACUCCUCUAGUCUGAGAGAGCUGGACCUGAGUACCAACGAUCUGCAGGAUUCAGGAGUGAAGCUGCUCUCUGCUGGACUGGGGAGUCCACACUGUACACUGGAAACUCUCAGCUUGUCUGGCUGCCUGGUCACACAGGAAGGCUGUGCUUCUCUGGCCUUGGCUCUGAGCUCCAACCCCUCCCAUCUGAGAGAGCUGGACCUGAGCUACAAUCACCCAGGAGACUCUGGAGCUGCGCUGCUCUCUGCUGGACUGGAGGAUCCACGCUGGAGACUGGACACUCUCAGUGUGGAGCACGGUGGAGUGUGGAGGCUGAAACCAGCUCUAAAGAAGUAUGCCUGUGACCUCACACUGGACCCCAACACGGCCCACAGACUCCUCCCUCUGUCUGAGGACAACAGGAAGGUGACGCGGGGUGGAGAGGACCAGUCGUAUCCGGAUCACCCAGACAGAUUUGACUCCCGGAGCCAGGUGUUGGGUAGAGAGGCUCUGACUGGCCGCUGUUACUGGGAGGUAGAGUGGGAAGGAGGGGUUGGUAUAGGAGUGACAUACAGAGGAAUCACAAGGAGAGGACAGGGUGAUGACAGCGGGCUUGGAGGGAACAACAAGUCCUGGGUUCUUUAUUGUCUUGAUGGUCGUUACUCUGCCUGGUACAACGGUACACAGAUAGUCCUCCCUCUCCGCGCCGCUGGCUCCACCAGAGUAGGAGUGUAUCUGGACCGGCCUGCUGGCUCUCUGUCCUUCUACAGAGUGUCCCCAGGUGGAGGAGGGUCCUCAGACACACUGACACACCUCCACACCUUCUGGUCCUCCUUCACCCAGGAGGACCUCCUCCCGGUGGUGGAGGUAGUGGGGUGGGGGUCCUCAGCCUCUCUGUGUCGGUUGUAGAAAGAGAGCGGGGGGCAGCAGGAGCAUCCCAGUCCUCGUGUCCUCAAUCCUCGUGCUCCGACUCCG